UAGGGCCCUGCUCGCGGCGUGCAUCGAUUUACCUGGCACAGUCACGAACACGCAGAGAGUGCCUCAAGACACACCACCGACCCGAACUAUGCUGCUGCUCUGCCUGCACCUGAGCUCAUGAAGUACAUCACCCUGACCACAGCCCUGGCACACCAGGAGAACCUUCCAGGCGCCAUCCAGCAAGACCCGGACAGUCCUGUGGCAUGCACCGGAGGCGGCGGGGGCGGCGACGAGUGCUGCGGCGACGAGGAGCUGCGCAGCUUGAGCUGGCUUCAGAGCGGCGACCUGCUGCGGCUGGCGCCGAAAAUGCCGCCGACGCCGCCGCCGUCCCCGCUGCCGAUGAAGCCGCCGUCGCCGCCACCGCUCGAGAUGUACCGGCGGCAGGGCGACAAGAAGCCGCCCUUCUCGUACGCGGCGCUCAUCGGCAUGGCCAUGUCGGCGCACAACAACAAGAUGACCCUCUCGGCCAUCUACGCCUGGAUCAGGGACAACUUCCUCUACUACAGAAAUGCAGACCCCAGCUGGCAGAACUCAAUUCGUCACAACCUGUCGCUGAACAAGUGCUUCGUGAAGCUGCCGCGUUCGAAGGGUGAGCCCGGCAAGGGCGGCUUCUGGUGCUUCGACACGAGCUCCCUGAAGGUGAGCGGCAGCGUGGCGCAGCUGGGCCGCGGCGGCGUGCUGCGGCUGGGGGCGUCGCGCAAGCGGAAGCGGAGGCGGCCGCCUCCGAAGCAGUCGCCGGCGCCGCCGGUGAGCAUCACGCUGGCGCCGUGGGUGGCGCCGCUCACGGCCCUCCACCAGCAGCAACAACAGCAACAACAGCAGCUGCAGGAGGCGGUGGCGGCCGAGGCCGAGGCCGCCCCCGGCAUGCUGGGGCCGCUCGCCCCCAGCGCCGACAUCACCGUCCUCUGCGAAGACGACUUGGCAGGCUUCCUCGGCGCCUCCGGAUCCUGGGACGAGACGCAGCUCGAGCUUCUCGACUCCAUUCUCGACUCUUUGUAACUGCCGUCGUCCCGAAAUUCCCGGUUUUGAAGUUUUCGUUUCAUUUUUUUAAGUUAAUUCAAAGAUUUUAGUUGAAUUUUAAUUUGUUGAAGGCAGGGUUUGCCAAUUUUGCAAUGCGCAAAAAUGUAUUUGUGGAUUUUUGCGUCAAAACAGCUGGAAAAAUUACCAGUUUUGGGUUUUCUGCAUUUUUCCCGAAUUUAACCUUGAAAAGGUCACAUUUCGCGACUAAAAAACCGUAAAAAACAAGUUUUAUUUUUCGGGAAAAUGCUUUUUUUGCGAACCCUGCUUAAACGUCGUAAAAAAUAUGCAACGAAGAGUUUUUCGCUUUGAUAAUUUCUUUUUUUUGCAUUUUUUAUAUUUGGAUUGGGAAUUUUCACUGCUUUGGAAAGUAGAAAACACGAAAAAUUAUAAAAUCUCAGCGAUUUUAUUUUUUUCUGUCAUUGAAGCAACAGAUUUUGAACGUAAAUUUAUUAAUUUGUUGAAAACCUGACUGAAAGUUAAAUUUGUAAGAAAAUUAAGAUCUUUAGAGGCAUUAAAAGGUGAUUUAAUUUAUUGUAGACUAUAUUUUGCUUGAAAUAUGGCUUUAAAAUUUUGAUUUUGAGUGUAAUUGGUGCCGAAAAGUCAAUUAGACGUAGAUAAAACGUUAAAAAUUCCCAACCCAAUCAUUUUUUAAAUUUCAAGACAAGAUUGUAUAGCAAAAAAAUCUUUUUUUGUUAUUUAUUUUGUGAUUUUUCUUCAUUUGUUGUUUCUACGAAUUUUUCUAAUUGAUAUAAACAUUUUAAUUUACAUUUUCUUUCUUUUUAAACGGGAUAAAAAUUAAACCGGGCGUUUGGAACCUUUUAAUAUCUGCUAUUCCUCUUCCUUCGUCCCUGGAAAUACUCUGUCGCUCCCCGGAAAGCAGAAACCCCGCGAUUUACACGAUUUUAAUUUCGUUCGAGCUACGUUUGAUGGUGAAAAAUAUAAUUUAUUUUUAGAAAACUGGCUAAUUUGACCGCAGGAAAAAAUCAGGGUUGUUUUACUGGAGCGAAACUAAUCGCAUUCGCAAUAAAAUCCAUAUUUUUCGGUUAAAUUUUUUAUAUUUAAAAACGUUUUCGUAUGCUCCAAAUGAUUCCUGAGGGUUGAAAUAGGUAGGAAAUAUAUUUAUUUCGAUCGUAAAACGUUUUGUGACGUGCAAACAGAGGCGCAAAGCGAAAAAACCAUCGCGCGCAACGCAAGAAUUUUUUGGUUGCUAUUGCGCACGCGUCACUCCUCUGACGAGAGAGAAAUCUGCUCAGAUCCAGCACGAGCAGCGAAGCUCACGCAGUUCAAGCAUUCACGUGACUGUAUCCCGCCAUCUCAUUGGCCGAGAGCAUUCACGCUUAUCAUAUAUCCCCACUCUGUGGAGUGUGACAUGCGCAGCAGAGAGCGCCGCUGCUUAGUUAGAGGAAGUGGAGGGGAGAAGCCGAGAGAGAUGCACCAAUGAGAUUGCGUGAUUGAGUCACGUGACUGCUCUUGCUAAAUAUGCGCAGAUGUCUCUGCCAUCGCCUGCUCUCAUGGCUGUGACGUCAGAGGGCUGACGCAUGCGUUGUAGCGACCAGAAAAUUCUUGCAUUGCUUUGCUUUUCAGGCUGAAAUUCAAACCUUUUUUUAGACAAAACAGAUUUUUCGCCAUCGAAUUUUAAAUUUUUGGAGGAAAGCACAAUGUUUUAACUUGCUCAAAAACAUUAAUUUUAUUAAUUAAUUUGCCAUAUAUAUUUAUAAUUGUGUUGAAUUUUUCCCUAUGGUCCAUCUCCUGUCAAGAGCAUUCCACUUUCGAGUGUCUUCCUAGUUUAAUUUCACCUCCGACGACAGAUGGAUGUGCUGCGACACGACUUUUAAAAAGCGCCUGCCGUUUCGCGACUGGUGCUUCUCUUUUACCAGAUAAUACGUUGUACAUUUGCACCAAAAAACCUUUUAAUACGUUUGGAAUGAGCACAAAGUACUAAUUUAAAAGUUUCCUGAACGCAAUAAAAUUUGCUUGCCUUUUAGAGUAACGAAAAUAAAUAAAUAAAAUACUCUAGUCCGUCCGCGCACCAAGAUGAAUUAAUAUUUAUGAUUUAUGAGGAAAUUGUCGUUAAUUCUGUUGGAAAAAAAGUGUGUUUUCGCACAACUCGAGUGAAAUUAGCGUUUACACGAUGUAAUGUGGAGAACACUUACGCCUAAAUAUCUUCCGUCCAAUGUUUGAAAAGGAUAUUGACAUAGUGGAUAUAUUUGUAUCUAGUCCAGAAGAAAUUGUUCCGUCCAAGGAUACGACAGACCGACUUCUUGCUUUUUCGUUUGUAACUGUGAUUGUGCAUUCAAUGCAAGAAGAAAAAUCGAUAUUUUAGAAUAUCUAGGCUUAUUUCUCGUCUUUUCUGUUUGAAAUCGACCAAUAAAUAAAUAAAUA